AGGAUGUUAGCGCUGCACACAGCCCGCGGUUCGUAGCCAAAAUAAGUCCGACAUUUUAAUACUGUGUAAUGGUUUGUGUUAAAUGUGUUGUUUUUAUGUCUCUUUUUUACAAAUAGCGUUAGGGAGGUGUUUCUAGAACAGUUUUAUUCCCGGUUAAUAUUUUGGAGUCUGUGUGGUCAGUUCUCAACCAGCUCCUAAUGUUAGCCAACGUCAACACCUGGUGGAUGAAUGGUGAUGUCAAACAAGGAACGAUUGUAGCUUAGGUCUCGUUGUGAAUUACUGAAUUUUACCUCUGGGCCUAGGAAGAUGCCGCCGAAUAAGCGGAUACAGAAGAAAACGCUUAAACUUGAAUGUGAAUGGGUUUCGUGUCAAGAGUCCUUUAGUCGUAUGGAAAACUUCUGCAAGCAUGUGGAGAGUCACCUUAAUGCUCUAAACGCGGCGGAGGACGACGAAGAAACAGAAGAUGAAAGAACCUGCCUCUGGAGAGACUGUGGUUUCUGCUCUGUGGAGGGUCCUGAAGAGCUACGGCGUCACGUGUUCUUUCACUGUUACCACACCAAGCUGAAGCAGCUGGGCCAGCAGGUGCUUAAUGCCCAACUAGAGAUCGGGAGCUGCUCCAUUGGGUACCAGAACCGCAACAUCAUUCCUGAAAUCCCUGACAAUUUUUGCUGCCUUUGGGAGAAUUGUGAGCAACCUCCGUUUGAAAACCCUGAGUGGUUUUAUCGACAUGUGGAGAUGCAUAGCCUGAGUAUAGACAUACCAGCAGGAGACUGUGAAUUUCCUCUUCGCUGUGGAUGGAAAGAUUGUGAAGCCACUGCUAAGGGUCGUCCUAAGCUGCGGGAGCAUCUGCGAAGCCACACCCAGGAGAAGGUAGUGGCAUGUCCAGGCUGUGGAGGAAUGUACGCCAGCAACACCAAGCUGUUUGACCACAUCAUACGACAGAGCGCCAUGGAAGGCCAGAGGUUUCAGUGUUCUCACUGUUCCAAACGUUUUGCAACAGAACGACUCCUGAGAGACCACAUGAGAACCCAUGUGAGCCACUACAAAUGCCCGCUCUGUGACAUGACUUGUCCUUCACCAUCUUCUCUGCGCAAUCAUAUCAAGUUCCGGCACAGUAAUGAGAAGCCAUACAGUUGUGAAUACUGUGAAUACAGCUGUAAGAACUUGAUUGACUUGCGCAAACAUCUGGAUACGCACAGCAGCAAACCAGCAUUUCACUGUGACAUCCCUGGUUGUGGUUUUACUUCUCGUACCCAUGGCACCUUAAAGAUUCAUCACAAAAAGGAACAUGAAGGGAGUUUUAUAGCUCGUUACAAGUGUCAUGUGUGUGGCCAGUGCUUUACCAGAGGUAACAACCUAACUGUCCAUCUGCAUAAAAAGCACCAAUUCAAAUGGCCCUCUGGACAUCCCAGGUUCAGGUACAAGGAGCAUGAGGACGGCUUUUUGCGGCUGCAGCUAAUUCGCUACGAGAGCGUGGAACUGACUGAGCAGUUGAUGAGGGAACGACAAAACAGACAAGGUGAGGAGGAUGAAGACAAUGGUCAAACUGAAGGACAGGAGCUAGGGGAAGCAUCGCCACAUGCAGCUCCUUCAGAGCUGCCAGUUGAACUAAGAGGUUUGUUGCUGGAGGAGCAAAGGACUGAGAAGCCCACAGGCAGUUUGGAGGAGGGCGGUCAGGAAGAGGGCAUGUUGUACAUCCUCACUGGAGGUCUGUCACAGGAAGGGGAGGACUCUGUCUUGCUGCAGCUCCAGGAUUCUGCCCAGCAGCAUGGAAUGCAGGUUGUCUGACUGCCAGAACUCGGCCCAAAUGUGUAAUAAAUCACAGUGCAUGAUGUUAUCAGCUGUGGUGUUUGAAAAUGUUUGUGCUGUUUCUGACCUUUUUAAUUGAAAGGUCAAAGUCUUGUGGACAAAUGUUCUAUCAAUUAGUUUGAAAUUAUUUUAAUUUUAUUGUAAAAUUUACAGGAGAUCGUACUGUACCACCGCAUUAUGGGUGACCAUUGUCUUUUAGAAACACAUCUUCCAUAAACUGAAGGCAUUGAUUUGAUUGACUAAAAUUGUGUUUUGUUCAUAAUGUUUGCCUAAAUGAAAGGAAUCUAACAGCAUCAAAGUCUGUGUUUUUGACGCUUGAGUAAGUUGUGUCAUAAGUUUUUGCAAUAAACACAUUGACAUAGUU